GGGGGGCCAUGGGAGGAGCGUGUGGCCGUGGGCAAGCACAGGGCUCCGAGGCUGCACGGUGAGGGAUGGCACCCGUGGGUCUGCCGGGGCCGUGGCUGGGCAGUCCCCCCAGGGGCACUGGUAACCCCCCCCCCGUCUCUUGGCCAGGCUUGACCGCCCCGUGGCCACAACCGUGGAUCCAAACCCCGACCCGCUGAGCCCGGAGUCGCCUGUGCUGCAGCUGCUGUGGAGCGCAGUGCGGAGCCUGGGGCCGCCGGAGCGGGACGUGGAGGCCAUGACACGGGAGCAGGCCCUGCUCUACCUCUUCGUGCUCCAUGACCACGACCAGAGCAGGCACCUGGACGGGCUGGAGCUGCUGCAGUUACUUGGCACGGUGCUGGCACAGGCUGGGGAGCAGCCAGAGCCUGACAUGGUGGCUGCACUGGUGGACCAAGCCCUGGCAAGGCAGGACCUGAAUGGGGACGGGCUGCUGGACCCCUCCGAGCUGCUGGAACCCCCCGAGAUGCUCUUACCUGGCCAGGACCGGGGACCCCAGGGACAACCCCCCCCAGAGCAGCAGGAAGGGGUUGGGGCUGUGCCUGGGGGGGACACAGAGAUGGCCAGGGAGGACCUGGGGUUGGGAAGCCCGGGAGAGACAGCCACUGAGGCAGGAGUCCCCCAGACUGGAGCCCCUGAGGAUGGAGCCCCCGAGGUGGAAUCGCUCAAGGUGGAAUCACCCAAUGCUGAGUCCUUGGAGGCAGAAGUCGACCCUGGGGCCAAAGCCCCCAGUGCUGAUGUGUCGGAGGAAGAGGAAGCCCCUGAGGCUGAGGAGGAGCAGGCAGCCCCAGCCUGGAGGGACCAUGAGGAGGGGUAGGCGGGGGGGCUGUGGGGUGCAAUGCCCUGGCUGCUCCCUGCCCUGCUCCGGGCACAGAGUGGAAGGGGGAUGCCCAGUGGCCAGGCUGCUGGCCCCAAGGAGGGCUGGGGUCAUGUGGUGUCCUCUAGAAAUGCAUCAGAUGGAGAAAGAGAGACACGGCUGGCGACUUUGGCUGUGGUCAGUGCGUCCCAGGGGCAGUGGGACCCCAGCCAGGGCAAG